AUGCCCGUGAAGUCCACUCACCCGAGCAAGGAAGAAAAGCAAUGCAAGGACCAAUCCAACUAAGGACAAUCAAACAAUACCAGCAUGGGAGAAAAAGGAGACUCAUCACAUUCCAUCAGUCACUCGAGUCAAAGCAUAAAGCAGAGCAAUCGUACUCCACUCAAGAAUAAUCCCAUCAAACAAAAAUGGGCGAUUCACAUUUCCC